AUGACUGUGACUACUCCUCUUGUGACUAUUUUCGGCGCGACCGGCAACCAAGGUGGUGCUGUUGCUCGUUCACUGCUGAAAAAUCCUUCAUUCAAAGUUCGGGCACUUACUCGAAACCCCAGCUCUGAUGCGAGUCAGGCACUGGCAUCCCAGGGUGCCGAGAUUCGACAGGCAGAUGGCUUUGACAAAAAGUCUAUGCGGGCUGCGUUUGCCGGUUCUUGGGGCAUUUUUGUCAAUAUCAACUCGGAUGACAAGUCGAUCAAGGAAAAGGGUCUUACAGAGUUUGACUUGGGCAAGACCAUUGUCGAUGCAGCGGCAGAGGCUGGUGUACGCCAUUUUAUCUUCAGCAGUGGGCCCAACAGUCUUGAGAUUACCAAUGGGAAGGUCAAGAUGAAUGCUGCGCAGAACAAAUACGACAUCGAGCAGUACAUUCGAGGUGUUGGCUGUUUCGAAACAGUCAGUUUCAUAUGUGUGGCAUGGUUCCUAGAGAAUUUCUCCAUCAAAGAGAUCGCACCUAUCUUUGGUGGUUUUCCUCAUCUGCCCGAUGCAGAAGGAUAUUUGACCUUUGUUGCACCCAAGUGGGGUGGCAAGGAAGACGUACCCUUCCUCAGCGUAUCAGAUGACUUGGGAGACAUUGUUCAUGGCAUGUUCUUGGAUCCUUUGGCAUGCAAUGGCAAGAUUGUUCAUGGCUGCAGCGAUAUCUGCAGUAUGAACGAUGUCACCUCAUGUUUUGAGAAGGUUUCCGGUCGCAAAUCUCGCUAUCAGCCGCUUGGGUCCUGGGAGGAAUUUAAUACUCACGGGGUCCCGGAAUUGGAGGAUACCAAGAUGAUGUUUGGAAUGACACAGGAGAGCGGGGGGCGGUACUUUGGACCUGAGGCCUCGGAGAAGCGAACUGCAGCGGAGCUCAAGAAAAAGACUGCAAUGGCUCUGAACAUUUCCAAGGAGGACCAGGACUUGAUUUCAGUUGAGUCCUGGUUCCGUAAGUAUUCUCCUUCUUGGUAA